AUGGCACGACUAGUGGCUCUGACUUUGAACCAUCGGGAUAACUUUUCUCAUGGAAGAUCUCGGCAAGUCUUUGGCUACGAGGCAUACCAUUGGGCCAUUAUGAUCAUGCCCGAGCCUAGUCAGGGGCAGGACUGCUGCGUCUUUGAUGCCACCGACGCAUCCGAAAUCGACCCUGUCACUUUCCGGAUGAACAAUCCUAGCAUGGACUGGUGGUUUCGGGUAAAGGAAAACGUUGAUCCUACUCUCAUUGAUAAGCUCAUCGGGCGAAUUGUGAUUGGAGAGGUGCCAGAUGGUGUGUCGAGCGCUGAUCUUCGGAGGCUUUUUGAGGGAGUUGAACUACCUGUUAAGAACAGGCAUCCCCAGCAGAGCUGCGUGACUUGGGCGCUCAAUGCCAUCCGGGCCCUUCAGAGGCAGGGGUGGGUAUGGGAAUUCGAAAUUGAUCCGUUCAAAGGUAUGGCACUCUCUUAUGCCGAUGAGAGAAUGAAGGGAAGGGAUUCGAGCGAGCCGAGCCUCAAGUAUUUCAAUGUCUAG